AUGCUCUUCCAUGAAGUAGCACGCGCCAUUGUCUCCAUCACAGCCCCCGAUGAGGGCGACAACGUGUGGGUGGUCCAGCAGGCCGACAUUGCCAGAUCUCUCCCUCCUGCACAUACCAACGAAAGCCGAAGAGAUAUCUACUGGAGCUUUGGCCCUCACCAGAUAACCGGGUAUGUUGACACCGACACCUAUGAGAUCGGUGUCCGUAUCGGCGUUUGUGGAAUCAGCGUUGAUAACAUUUACGGAAACCUCAAAGAUGGCGUUGUUCUGAAGGCCAAUUUGCAGACUACCAAGGGCGAGAUCAGACUGUACUUGAGAAACGGAAAUGAGGUCUGGACUCACAUUGAUACCAAGGUCGUCUUUGACGGAUCUUUCGAGAAAGACUGUAAGAUCCUGUCGUUCUAA